CGCCGGCGGGGGGCGAGGCGGGACGAGGCGGGGCGGGCGGCGCUGCAGUGCCCGACGCGGCGGGCUGGGGGAGCUGUGCCCGCCUGUCCCCAAGGCCCGGGCGGGGACCGGCCAGCUGGGUCGCCGCGCCUCUGGGCUGGCAGGGCGAGGCGGCGCGUUGCCAAGCGCGCCUGGAGCGGGCUCGGGCCCCAAGUCCUCCCGGGCGCCCGGCCGGGGAGGCCCCGGGAGAAGCCGGGUCCCGCGGGGAAGGGAGGCCGCCGAGGCUGCCGCUCCGGCCCGCCCCCGGGUGUCCCGGGCCGCUGGGCCCGCCCAGGUAACCCCAUCCUCGGCCCGCCCCCGGCCCGCCCCCCCGGCCGGCCGCCCGCCUCCGCCGCCGCUCGCAGGCGCUGGGGCGGCGCUGACAGUCUAGUCCGCGCCGGGCAGCGGGCGCAGCAGCGGGCAGGGCUGCCGGCAGGCACGGAGGCAGAGCCCCGCGCGCGCCCCGGCCCGCGCCCGGCGCCGCGCCCCAGCCCACCCGCCGGGCGCCCACCUGCGGCCCGGACGGGAGGCCCCCCGCGGCCGGGCGCCCGCGGCCGCACCAUGAGUCCCCGCUCGUGCCUGCGUUCGCUGCGCCUCCUGGUCUUCGCCGUCUUCUCGGCCGCCGCCAGCAACUGGCUGUACCUGGCCAAGCUCUCGUCGGUGGGGAGCAUCUCGGAGGAGGAGACGUGUGAGAAGCUCAAGGGGCUGAUCCAGCGGCAGGUGCAGCUGUGCAAGCGGAACCUGGAGGUGAUGGACUCCGUGCGCCGCGGCGCCCAGCUGGCCAUCGAGGAGUGCCAGUAUCAGUUCCGGAACCGGCGCUGGAACUGCUCCACGCUCGACUCCCUGCCCGUCUUUGGCAAGGUGGUGACACAAGGCACCCGGGAGGCGGCCUUCGUGUACGCCAUCUCUUCGGCAGGCGUGGCCUUCGCCGUGACGCGCGCCUGCAGCAGCGGGGAGCUGGAGAAGUGUGGCUGCGACAGAACGGUCCACGGGGUCAGCCCCCAGGGCUUCCAGUGGUCCGGCUGCUCGGACAACAUCGCCUACGGCGUGGCCUUCUCCCAGUCGUUCGUGGACGUGCGGGAGAGGAGCAAGGGGGCCUCGUCCAGCCGCGCCCUCAUGAACCUCCACAACAACGAGGCGGGCAGAAAGGCCAUCCUGACGCACAUGCGGGUGGAGUGCAAGUGCCACGGCGUGUCGGGCUCCUGCGAGGUGAAGACGUGCUGGCGCGCCGUGCCGCCCUUCCGCCAGGUGGGCCACGCGCUGAAGGAGAAGUUCGACGGCGCCACCGAGGUGGAGCCCCGCCGGGUGGGCUCCUCCAGGGCGCUGGUGCCGCGCAACGCGCAGUUCAAGCCGCACACGGACGAGGACCUGGUGUACCUGGAGCCCAGCCCGGACUUCUGCGAGCAGGACAUGCGCAGCGGCGUGCUGGGCACGCGGGGCCGCGUGUGCAACAAGACGUCCAAGGCCAUCGACGGCUGCGAGCUGCUGUGCUGCGGCCGCGGCUUCCACACGGCCCAGGUGGAGCUGGCCGAACGCUGCAGCUGCAAGUUCCACUGGUGCUGCUUCGUCAAGUGCCGCCAGUGCCAGCGGCUGGUGGAGCUGCACACGUGCCGGUGACUGCUGCCCCGCGCCCGGCGCCGCCGCGGGCUGGGGACGGCCGGCCGUUCACACAGUCCCCCCCGCCACCCGCCCCCAAAGAUACUGGUUGUAUUUUUUGUUUUGGUUUGGUUUUUGGGUCCUCCUCUGUUAUUUAUUGCCGAAACCAGGCAGGAGACACGUAACCCCCCUGCACCCCGGCCCCGGCAGGGCGCCCGCCGGGGUCUCUCUGAAGCCUGGACCUCGGUGGCUGCCACUGACCAAAAGGACGUUGCUUGUGCCUCCAGCUGUCCACAUGUGGCCGCUGCUGACCGCUCCGCUGUCACGUGUCCGUCUUUCUACCUGCACGCCGAAGGUGGGUAACGAGGAGUGUCCCGGCCACAUGCCAACCGACUCAGCCAUGGCGGGGAAGCGGGGGCCCGGUGGCGUGGGGGAGGGGGGGACAAGGUGCCAGCCCAAUGGACAUGGCACACCAUGCAUACACACGGACCCCUGGCAGCUUCAGCCGGGUCACCUUGUCUCUCAAGGCCCUGGGGAAGGUCAAGGGCAGAAAGACAAAGGCUAGUCACCCGGAGCGGCUGGAGGUCACUCUCGGAGUAGGCAGAGCUGGUGUGAGCCGGACAAGAGGAAGCUCUAGUCCCGCCUCAGGGCCCAGCCCCCUCUGCCGCCCCCCCUUGGCACGUCAGCCCUUACUGCAGGGGCAGAGGCUCCCUUCCCAAGGGAGCACUUCCGGCAGGGCCGCUGCAGGGAGCCUCCCCCUCAGGACCCCGAGAACGGGAAGCACAGCCCCACACACUGACACACUCAUCGGCCACGUGCAAGAGCGCUCUCUCCCCCUGCACUCUGUCCAACGACCCUGACCGCCACGUUCUUGGGAGGUGGACAGGAAUGCCGCUGCCUGUCCCGGCUGAGGGCAGCACUGGGCAGGGCCCGGCAUGCACAAGGCUCCCCAGGACUCCCUGCCCACAGGCCCCCCAGGUCUGAGCCGUGGGGAGGGGCCCAGGCUGGAUGGUGUGAGGGAGAGAGCGAGCAGGGGCUGCAAUCCACAGGCUGAGCCGAAGCCUGGGUCCUUCCAGAAGGUCCGGACAGCGGCAAGGCUGACGGGGUGGGGGUGCAAGGGGGCACUCUCAGCAACUGAGGCACCCUCCCCCCAGCGCCACCCUACGGAAGAGGAGCCCUGUCCCCAUCCCAAGGUGGCCCCAGCAGCCCCGGCCUGGCCCUGUGAGCAGCCAGAGCUGUCAGGAGCCCUGAGCCAAGAGCUCUGGGCACGGCUAGCGCUGGUGUGGCCUGACCCAACUGUUCCCAGAUGGAUUCCCGGCCACCAAGGGAACUGGCUGUCUGCCGCCCUCUGCGCUUCCCCCACAUUGGGGUUCUAGGUUUGAGGUUUGGGAUCCCCUCUGGAACGUCUCACGCCCCAGGCUCUUGGCUCAGGGCUCGGCGUCUGAAUUCAGUCGGAGGUGCAGUCCGGGGGUUGCGCCUCCUGCUGCCGGCUCCCCCGGGGAGAGGGUCAGCACGCUGGGCUCGGGCCAGGCUCUCUGCUCGGUGUCCAUCCAAGGAGGAGGCCAAAGUACGGAGAAGCUGGGGACGGAUCUGAAUGGGGGAUAAUCUCCGGGCAGGCUGGCUCUGAUGUGGAUGAAAGCUGAGCUGACCAAGUGUCCCCGAGGCUGCCCGGCCGGGCCCACUCUCCUCAGGCGAGUCUGGCGAGCUGUCUGCUCCCUGCCAGGGAAAAUACUCUCCCUCGCUGGCCAGAGCCCGACCCUGACACAGGAAGCAGAGACAGCACUGCGCCGCUCUCCCCUCCGCCAGGUCCCGGCCCUGACGGGAACAGGCCCACCAAGUGGGACAACCUGUACCCUUCCAGAAGCUACACCUUUCUGCCCUCCUAGGGGGCUCCUCCGGGGGUCUGAAGGCUGUGACCUGAGCACAAACUGGACUCGAGCAACCUCUGCCCCCACCCUGACAGCUCCCCUGAAGCCAAAGGAAUCCACAGUUGCAGGAGAACGGAGCUACUUGGACGACCAGCUCGAACUGUCCCAAAAGGAAAAGAGAAGGAGCUGGCCCGGGCCCGCUGCAGCGCCCCCACUGUGGGACGGCAGGCGGGUCUGCGUGGCGUGGGACGCCCUCUCCAGAGCCUCGCCCACGCCAAGGCGAACCACUGGGAAGAGAAGUCCCAGUUCUGGAUGCUGCUACCCCUCUGCUACCCCCCCACCCUCCAGUUUUAUACCAGGUCCUCGCCAUUGUGACAACCCCCCGACCCCGAAUAGUCUGAUGCACGAUAAAAUGAUUAUUUCUUUAUCUUGCAAU